AUGGAGGCCAAGUUGGGCGGCGGCGUUAUGGCGGCGACCUUUGACGACAUCAAUUGGAACUCCUUAAUGUUCGAUCACGACAUAAACGACGACGUCAAACCGUGCAAGCUCGAUCCCUUCACAAUCACCUCUGGUCACCUCAACGACGUUUUCCAAAAUCUGGCUUUGCUUUUGGCUGGUGGAGGUGAAGAUGCAGUAACUGCAUUUUCAACUUGUGGUGGAGUAACAGAUGGAACCCUUGUCCACUCCCAAAACCUCACUCCCAUCAAAUCCACCAUCUCCACUAUUGAUUCUCAGUCUUCAAUUUGUGGUACCGUUGGGAGUCCAAUGUCUGCAAACAAACCAAAUGGAAGAGAUAAUGAAGUGAAAGGGGCGACGACAACAAGUGGUUCCUCGCGUGAGCAAUCUGAUGAAGAUGAUGAAGCAGGUCCUUGUGAACAAAGCACAAACGCUAUUGACACCAAGCGUCUUAGAAGGAAGGCUUCUAACAGAGAGUCUGCAAGGAGAUCCAGAAAAAGAAAACAAGCCCAUUUGGCUGACCUGGAGUGGCAAGUUGAACGGCUGAGGCAGGAAAACUCAAACCUAUUCAAGCAGCUUAGAGACGCAAGCCAACAAUUUUGUGAUGCCGAUACCAACAACCGAGUGCUAAAAUCAGAUGUGGAAGCUUUAAGAGCUAAGGUGAAGUUAGCUGAGGACAUGGUGACUAGGGGUACAAUGACCUCUUUCAACAACCAGAUUCUUCCAAACCAGAGCCAACUAAGCACCCCUCCACCUCUCAACACCAAUAAUAAUCUGCGUCGCAUGGCACAUGUAUCACCAACCAUCACUGUGCAUGGGAAUGAUGGUGCUUCAUAUGGUGGUGGAAUCACAGUUAGUGGACAAAACUCACCUCUCGAGCUUGGAAAUUUAGAUAUACCUUGCAGUGAUUUCAACAGUGAUAAUGCUGUGAGCUCUAUGACUAGCAUGUGGGCUUAG